AUGAAGAGGAACCCCGACCAGACGUAUGAUUUGGCCUGGAUGAUUCCAUGUGUUGCUUGCUGGGGAAUGGCCGGGGCCGCUCACUGGGGAUUUGUGAGCUGUACCCGCCCCAAGGACCCAGGCGGUGCCGCGAGAUGUGCGCUAGUGCCCGGGAAGCCCACUUUGUCGUGCAGGCUGGGCUGCCUCUGCACACUUCAGAUGGAUUCAGGCUGUCGCAGAUGGUCUAGACGUCCUCCUUCUGCGUGCACAUCACCGCCUUCAUGCUUCAUGCCCUCUAUCUUUGGUGAGCAAGCCCGCUCCCGGCCACCGAGUUUUGCAGCCGCUUGGCUAGGUGUGGGGGCUUGGUGGCAUCCAUCAAUAUCAGCCACACCGCCCAGUCGUGUGCUGAUGCCGCCGGCAAUUGGAGGCAACAUUUGGCGUGUUUCGAUGCCAGCAACCACCACGCAGCCGCACUGUAGUGGAAACCACUGCGCCCACGCUGGGCAACACCAAAACAUAAAGAUGUGA